AUGGAGGACGAGGAGGGCUACACUGUGCUGAACCUGCGGCCCAAGGGGAGAGGCUCAGUGGUCCCGUCCUCGGACAGGAUCCAAGGUCCUCCUCAGCACCCGCCAUGGCACCGACUCGCUCAGUGGGUUGCCUGGGUUGUGAUCAUCGCUUUGCUGGCAGUUGUCAUAGCGCUGGGGAUUUGGGUUUCCCACUUGGUAUCUGAGAAGGGACAGACCCCGGCAGCCCCUGGGAGCGACAGAGCCGGGAGCAGAGACCCCAGCACAGCAGAAUGCAGCACCUGCCUAGAGCGUUUCCGAUCCCAGCUGUGCCCCCCGGCCCUGCCCAGCCCAGCAGGGGGCUCCAGGUGCAAACUCUGCCCCACGGACUGGCGGCUGGACGGGAACAAGUGCUACUGGGUCUCCAGAGAAAAUAAAAUAUGGAGCGAGAGCCGCGCCGACUGCUCAGCGAGGGGCUCCCAGCUGCUGGUGAUCCGGGACCCUGAGGAACUGGAGUUCAUAAAGGACCUGACACAAGGCACAUCUCUGUUCUGGAUCGGACUGUCCAUCCCUUCCCUGGAGAAGGCCUGGACCUGGGCGGACGGCUCCCAGCUGGAUCAGACCCAGUUCCCGGUGUCAGGCCCGGCUGAGGGGAACAGCUGUGGGGCGGUGAAGGGGAAUCAGAUUCAUUCUGACACCUGCAGCUCUGCAUUUCAGUCAAUUUGCCAGCAAGAUGCCGUCCCGCUCUGAACAAGAUACAAAGGAGACCUCAGAGUGCGGCACUGUUAGCCCCAUGUCUCACCUGGGGAAACCGACACUGACCUGCCCAAGAUUACAGAGUUGGUGGUAAAGUGGGACAUGGAACCCAGGACCCCUGACUCCCAGCCCCCAUUCCUCUAACCCACUAGCCCCUCCACCUCUCCCUCUCCCAGAGCUGGGAAUAGAACCCAGGUAUCCUGACUCCCAGUCCUACCUCAGCCUAGAGAAGAGCGAUUCCAGGCUCUGGCUUCACAUAUUCCAGCAGGGGCUGGAGAGCGCUGCAGGGGGUUGGGCUUGGGGCCGUAGAGUAUCAGGCUCUGCACAGCCAGAGGGAAAUGUAUCCCUCACCCCGCAGGACCAGGAGAGAAGAGUCUGCCCUGGGUCAUGUAAAUCAGCAAAGAUCCAGUGGCCGAGCUGGGCCCAGUGACUCCAACUUCCUGGUGUCCCAGAGUUCAGACUCCUGCCGGAGCCUGAACAGCUGCACUGCAAUUAAACAGCCCCUUAGCCCAAGGCCACAUCAGCUGACCCAGGCCAGCCACAGGUGUCUAACUGCAGUGUAGGCACCCUUUGUGGUUCAGCUUCUCCAUCUGUGAAAUGGGGUAAUGAGACAGAAAAGCUCUAGAUCAGAGCUAGGGAUCAGCAGGGGUCAUUUGGGGCCCUAAGUAGGAACAUUACUCCCCCUCAAUACUACCACAAGUUCUUAUAAUAAAAAGUGAAUAGGGGCCCCCUUGAGCUGCUCGGGCCCCUAGGCAAUUGCUUAGUCUGCUUAUGCCUAUUGCUGGCUAUCAUCACACAGAGAGUAAAGAUUUCUGUUGAACUGUGCAAAAGCUGAGUGUGUUUAUUGUUGAUGGGCCACAGAUCAGCUAGAACCCUGGCUUGGGAUUCAGGGCACCUGGGUUUAUUCCUGGAUCUGACCUGUUCUGUGACUUUUGACAAAUCACUUGCCCUCCCUGUGCCUGAGUUUCC